AUGUGGGCAGUCUUGGCGCCCUGGGGCGGCCGGGAAGCGCCUAGCUGCAGAUCACCCAAUUUUCUUACGUCAUAUCCGUCCGUGAUCCAGCCUACACGUGGUGGCAUCCCGAUUCGCAGCGAAUGGCACGCAGGUCUGCUGCGCUCCGCCUCGCGCACUGCAUCCCACCGCACAGUCCCCCUUCUCCUUCUGUCGCCUCCGUCUGGCCUGACAAACUACCACUCGUGCUGCUCAACGUUUCAAGCAACCUCGUCUUUAUUCAUUGUAUCUUUGCCAAAACCCCGCAGAAAGCAUGGGAGGAGGAAACGGAGCCAAGUCCGCAACCAAGCGCGUGCGCAACGCGGCCAAGGCUGGGAAAGGUGCAAAGGGCUCCCAAAAGCUAACAAACGAAAAGGCUAUGACCAUCGUCUGCAAAGUUUGUCGUACUGGAUUUAUGUGCACCAUGUCGGAAGUCUCGCUCCGCCAACACGCUGAGAACAAGCACCCGAAGCUCAACGUGUCAGACUGCUUCGACCAUCUCCAGUAGCUUUCAAUCAUCCCGUUCCCUUGGCUUUUAUCUUUGAUUCGCAGCCAACGUAUCGAUUUUCUUUGAUAAAAUGUCCAGCGCUGUCAUCAGUGCUUUUCGCGGCGACAAGGCCCCAGUAGUCUCCGCCACGAACU